GUGCUGUGUGURUGUGAAUAUGCGUUCAAGAUCAUCAACAGCAGUCGUCUGGGACGCAAACAGAUCGUACGUACUGUGUUGCCUGUUAAUUUUUUCACCGCGCGUCAUAGGCGAGCUGUGAACAACUUCGACGACACGAUCUCCAAAWUUUGCCCGUAAUUUUCAUCACCAAAGAGAAGUUAGACGGCUUCGGGUUAUUUUUGAAGACUUGAAGAACGUCAAUUCAUGAGAUCUCGUGUCACGGAUCGCUGGUGCUUGUUGAAAAUUCUAAAGCUGGUCUCGAUCGUGGAUUAUUAUUCUCGAGAAAAUGCCAGCAAACACUGACAACGAUGGGGAACAGACGGUAACAACGAAAAGGCAAGAAGCUAGAGAGAAGCGGGCUAGUUCACUGUCUGAAUUUGACGAUUCUGUGCCGCGAAAGAAGCGUCGGCGAUGCGGUACAUGCGAACCUUGUACCAGAAAAGUUAAUUGUGGAGAUUGCAGUAAUUGUGUGAAUCGAAAAACUGGUCAUCAGAUAUGCAAGUACCGAAAAUGCGUUCAACUCAAAAAGAAAUCGUCGGGUUCUACUACACAAUYACGGGAAAGUUCAAAGCAGGAAAUGUCCGAAGAUGGUUCUACCGAGGAAUUGAAUAACAAUCGCGUGAACAGCAAACCUGGCUCAGACAGCGACGAACCUGAAGUCCCCAACGAUAAACCCGAGUCAGAAAUAAAACCACAACCUCCUAAAGAGAAUGACUUGGACGAGCAAGCGAAAUCUCCGAGUAUUGACAGUAAAUCCUGCGAGCUGACAAGAACGUCGAACGUUGUCGAUCUUGCUAACAACCCCACUAAAACAUGCCCUAAGGUGUCUGAAGAACCGACUUUUCGUCUCGAAACCGCGAUUGAAGAGAAAGCUUUGUCGCCGCCGAAACAUACUAMACCCUGCUGUGACGAGAACUCUGCUUCCCCUGUGUGCUGUUGUCAGGUUUCAGUGAAGGAUGAUGGGCCAGAUUACACGCAACUUGGCUAUGCUCCUAAUAUGGAAGCUCUCAAAUCAAUGUGUGAAAAGAGGUUUGGCGUAGAGGGGAAUGCAUUAAGGAUAGAAUUGAUAACCUACACAACGAGAGAAGGGAAGAACUCUCAAGGCUGUCCCAUUGCAAGAUGGGUUUUAAAGAGAUCCGGACCUGAUGAGAAGGUUUUAGUUGUCUGUCGCAAGCGUGUGAACCACGUCUGUGAUACCUCAUUGUUAAUCACAAGUAUCGUGAUAUGGGAAGGCAUAUCUAGUGAACAGGCUGACUUCUUGUAYAAAGAACUCUCCACUGUUAUACCAGAGAACGCAGUUCCUACAGCAAGAAGGUGUUGUUACAACGACAGCAAGUCUUGUGCUUGUCAGGGGAUGAACGGAGACACAUGUGGAGCGUCUUACUCAUUUGGCUGCUCGUGGAACAUGUAUUUUAAUGGUUGCAAGUACGCACGAACAAAAAGCCCGAGAAAAUUCAAGCUGCUUGACGCAUCAAAGAAUCUUGCGUCUGUUGUGGCGCCGAUUUACAAGCAGGCUGCACCUGAGGCAUUCAGCAAUCAGAUCAAAAAUAAAAAUGGAUUUGAGUGUCGCAUUGGCAACGAAAAUGACGAACGACCUUUCUCUGGAAUUACCUGCUGCAUGGACUUCUGUGCGCAUGCUCACAAAGACAAACGAAACAUGGAUGGUGGGGCAACAGUGGUGUGCACUUUACUCAAACCGGGAGAAGACGUCUCCAUGGAACAGCUMCACGUUCUACCACAUUAUCAGCUCUUAGAUCGAGAUGGGAAGGUAGCGAAACCCAAUUAUGUCAUGCCGUCUCAUAUGAUGUCGCCGCCGGAAGGAGUUUCUCCUGUAGUGAAAUCUGCUACCAAGGAAGAAAAGGAGAAAGAAAACAGCGCAAAAGCAACAYCAGAAGAUAAAGAACCUUCUAAAAAGGAGAACUCGCCUCCAUCAGAGAAUCAGAAUGGUCCUUACGUGAAUGGUGGAUKUAAUGGUUACUAUGGAGAUCGGUAUCCUAGUAACGGCAUUACUCGUCCACCACCCUAUGGRUAUCCAAGCUCUGUUGUGCACCAUCAUCCAGCCUCAAAUCACUUCAUGAACGGGUUCUUAAACAACCAUUAUAACCCAAAAUCGCUUCCAUACUACCCCUACUUGGGAAAUAACCUCUUCGUCGAUCGACUCCGUUCCCCGGAUGUUCGCUGGGUUGAUGAAAAUCAUAUUCCUUACUUAUAUCGUAACCACGGCAAYCAUUUUCCCCAGCCGUUACCAAUGGAGUGCGGGCCUGAGGAACAUAAGGUACAAUAUCCUCCAGGGGCUUGGGGAGUUGCCMCUCAUYCUAUGAAACCACCUUAUGAAGAACCACUUCGAAAUGGGGUCCACGGUGGCGAGAGUACCAAACCCAAAGCGGUGAUCCAUCACUAYAGUGAUGGUGGAGAUUGGGGGAAUCAUCACUCGGAYAUUAAGUACAUUGACGAGAAAGAUGUCCCACUUAUGCGUGCAAAUAGUCCUAACGUGCAAAAUGAACAAGGACGGWGUGCACCUGUUAAGCGGUCGUUAUCCAACGGCAAGCAAGCUUCAGAAACUAGUCCCCCGAAAAAGUUUUACAAGUUUGAUGAGUCAAUGGGUGGUGUUGCAUUAGCAUUAACUCACGGUUCACUUCUUAUUGAGGUGGCYAAAAAGGAGCUACACGCUACAACGGCAUUAAAGGAGCCGCAGAGGUAUUCSCCAAAACGUAUCAGURUUGUAUUUUAUCAACACAAGCAGCUGAAUACACGAUUUCAUGGCCUGGAUGAAUGGGAGCAAAAAAUGGCCAAGAAAAAGCUUCAAAAUGAAGAAGCUGCAGAAAAAGAAGCGGCUGUGGCUGCUCUCUCUAACGGGAAUGUGGUUCCUCAAGAGAACUACCUGGAYAUGUUGGCAGAGACAGCGCUAUCGCACCAUGAUAACGUCGCGACGCAAGUGUCCAGCACGUGGAAAGUGGCUGGUGAAGGUUCCAAUGAGCAUCAUUCGACCAAAACUACCGAGUAUGAAAGAAAUCACAUAARUGAUGAACGUAUUGAUUCCAAGGAAUUUGAAAAGAAUAACAAUGUUAUCUACAAGCAACCGCAAAUAAGUGAAAAAACUCCAGUGACGAAGGAGUCGUGCGAGGGAGUAUUUCCUGCUUUGUUACCGCCCAACACAAGAAUUGAUUAUAUGCAAAAAAUGAACGCUGUUAUUGACUCAAAAGAUGCGGGWUUCCCGCGGGAACAUUUCCAGAAAUUACGGGAACUUCGGGAGAGUGACAUUGUCAGACACCUCCAUGGAUGGCCAAAGGACCAACCAAUGGUCAAUGGCGUGACACCAAGGAGUGAUGAUUGUGUUACAAACCGUUCGAUUAUUGAUGGACAUAAUGAGCGUGACCAUCACRCACGUCUUGCUGAGACGGUGGAUAAUGAUAAUAAGGACARAACACGUGAUCAUAAAUCCGUCAAUUCACAAGUCCAAAGCCGUUCUGCCUCGAAUUAUAGUGUGUCAAGGCUCCUUGGCAAUGAUUCAGAAGAAAAGAAAACMCCAAGUACACCGCGCACAACGGCAUCGUUGUCUUUUUGUAUCAGUAGYAUCCUUAGUAACAAUACAAAACCUUCUGAGACAGAGCCAAAGCGAAACCCCACGCCUGAACGUCCUGCGGAGCCUAUACAGAAGACGCGGUCUCCUCAAAGCACGGCUAAGCUGAACGGAGAAUGCCCAGAUCUAUCAAAGAGACCUAUAUCUCUGCCUGCUCAACAACAAGAAAAACCCGCUUUCGUAGAAUCUUCACCACACCCUGGCCAUUUUGCACCCAAUCAUCAACAAUUCCCGCGUCCUCCAGGGCACUUUUGUGGAGGGCUCCCUGAUAAAKCAUAUUAUGGAGCGGAGCACAGAAUGCCAUUUGAUUUACAUUCGGACCACGGACAUCCAUUGGGAUAUAGUCCCUAUAAGUUUGGAGUGCCUUUUCCAACUCAACCAACAUACUUCAUGCCUUCGUUUCAUCCUUUCUUGGCAGCUAGUAAUGGACUUGCUUCGAAUCUCGCGCUAGUKAACUCAAGGAACUAUUUGUCGAGUCUUGCGAGUAGCUAUACAGGGCAUGGAAAACGCAUCGAUGGGGAAGCUUUGCAUACUCCUAUAACAACUGCCACAAGAACRGGGCUAAGUUAUCCUAUAGAUAGUCUAAUCACAGUCGCGCCAUACUCACAAACCUGCGUAACCGGUCAUUAUCAAAAUUGGAUGUAGAGGUUUGUUUAUUGGAUUAUAUAYAGUGCGAAUAAGAUACUCGUGAAAUAGAAAGAGUGAAGGCAUUAAAUACGUGAAACAGAAUGUAAUGAUCAAGGUGUAAUUGUCGGACGWAAAAACUAUCGAAUUGGCGAAUACCUAAUCAUUAUAUCAAUUAAAUCAAUAUAUAUUUAUUCAAUGGUUUUCGUUUGUGCAUGUCAGACCAAUCAAGUCAUUUCACAUUUAAUUUCCCUCUGACAUUGAAGGUUGACCACGCCCUUUGCAUUGAAGUGCGACGACGGUGAGCAUGCAAUGAUAGAAACCGUCUUUCAUUGACCGAUAUAGACAGUUAUUAAUUUACAGGUACAUAUAUCUAUCAUUGCUCAACGUUCGUCUUKCUUCGAUGCCAAGGUACAGCUAACUUSAGAUGGGGCUGGGAACCGUAUUUGGUUUCGUAGUAGUUGGUAAUGGUGUUCAAACUCAUUUUGUAGUUCGUUGCUUACCAUUUGCUAUUUUGACUAUAGUUACAUCUUGAUUUUUAUAUUUUUUUCUCGGGUUAAAUGUCUUCACUCAAUUUGUUUUCAAAACCGUUGUCUUCAAUGGAUUCUAAGUGUUAGUAAGUACUAGCUUGUACAAACGGAUUUAUGUCAACAUUCGCUUGCACUGGAAAACACUUUUAAAAUACUUUGAACAAAGUAACUCAAGAAAAAGCUACUCAGCAUUGGACAAAUUUAAUGAUAAUGCUCCUAUUGUUUUUUCUGGACUAUUGGAUUCCAUGUUGCGGAAGACAAUUGUCUUUAUCAAAAGUAUCUAUAUUUAGUUAGCAUGGCAACGAUUUUCAUGUAGAGAUGUGUGAGUGCAGAAUUGUGUGGAUUAUACGUGUGUUCGUUUAAGAUGUAUAGAGCUAUUGAUCUUGUUUGAUCCGAGGCCMAACUUUGCAAAAAAAGGCUUUCAAUUUAAUAUUUAAGGUGUCAGUGAACGUGUAACUCGUGRAUCACAAUCCAUGAGUCGUAAAUUAAGGUGCAAUGCCAUUUCAGUGUUGUGUUGUGAUAUUGUGUGCAUCCAAUAGAUGUAGAUUUUAGAUUUUAGAAUAGUUUUUACUAUUGAUGUGCCUGCGUGAAGAGUGUGCACGACAUUUCCCCCAUGGGGACAGGUGACAGUAUAGACUUUUUAAUGAUUGUUACUUGGUACACCAGACGUUAGUUUUAGAAUUAAGAAAGUGUUUUGAGUGGUUUGAAUAGUUUUAUUUUUGAAGUUUUCAAUUCGGCAUCAAAUGAAAUUUWAAUCAAAGUAAAAUAUAUCUAAUUUCCUCCAGGAUGACAGUAAGAUUUUUCGCAUUACUGUGAUACCACUAUCAAGCUACUAUAAGCUAAGCUUUGAUAUGCGUGACCUACAUGCUCUAGUACAAGUCGCCCCAUGACAUGGAAUCCGGAAUCAGAAAUCCGAMAAGUUUGGCUAUCAAAUCGGUAAUCCAGACACUUGGAAUUUGGAAUCCGCCGAUGGAAACGGAAUCCGAUAGAAGAGAAGAAUGCUUAAUUCAAAUCAGUGACUUAAAGAUGUUUCCUGAUUGUAAACGAGUCACUGACAAAAAAGCUAGUAUGUUUUUUUUUAAUUAUGGUGGAGUCCAGAUUCCGUAUGAAAUCUUUCAUGGAAUCUGGAAUCCAGGAGCUUGGAGGCCGGAGUCCAGGAACGCUGCGGAUUCCUUGUCAUUGGGCUAUACAAUGCCGGACUUAUAGUCAAUAAAGUAUACACUAGGCUUCUGCCCCUUGCAAGACUUUUCACUUUGUCAGCAAAUAGGCUUGCAAUUGGAAAAGUUCUGCCGAUGAKAAAUUUUUAUUACGUUUUUAGAGUCAAAGCAUUCGUACACCAAAGCAAAAAUAUAUGCAUCCUCGCCGUGCGAGUAAACCAACAAAACAAUAAAAAUCGAAUAAUUGAUGAAAAUAUGAUUUUGUAAGUAGAAAAAGCUGGGAGCAGUAGUGGUAGAGAAAAGAACUAGAAUAAAAUAUGAACGAAAAUGCA